GGUCGUUUACUUGUGUUGUUUCUGCGCUUAUACAUCUCCGCCCCGCCGCUCCUUCAACGGAGCGAGGAAAAUUUGAAACAGAGCGAAGCCGUUUCCCCUUCUCAUGUUCUUCCAUCAAAUCUCCCGCCAAAAACAGAAGCUCUCCUUCUUCACCCUCACCUCAACUCGUCUCUUCUCUUCAUCAAUCCCUCCUUCAUCUAAGCUCCACGACUACUCAUUCAAUCCCCCUCUUUCCCUUACCAAAAGAGACCCUCACCAAAACCCUAACCCUAAUCGUAACCCUUCUUUUGAUUCUCAAAGCGAACUCAACAACAACAAAAAGAAGAAGCAGAAACCCUUGUAUCGACCUCCGUCUUCGCUCGACCGGACGGGCUUGAAGCCCUUGCGUUCGGACCUUCCCUUCGAUUUCAGGUUCAGUUACACCGAGAGCAAUCCUGCGGCCAGGCCCAUCGGACUUCGUGAGCCCAAGUACUCUCCAUUUGGUCCCGGUCGUCUUGAUCGUGCGUGGACUGGGGUAUGUGCUCCGGCUGUUGAUCCGACUGUAAAGUCGCUGGACGGGAAUGAGGACCCCAAGUUGGAGGAGAAGAGACGCAGAUGGAGAGAGGCGAUUCUCGGAGAACCACUCACACCUGCUGAGAGGAAGAUCCUGGUGGAGAAAUGUCAGAGGAAUAAAACAAAGCGACAAAUUAAUUUGGGGAGAGAUGGUCUAACUCACAACAUGCUGAAUGACAUUCAUAACCACUGGAAGCAUGCUGAAGCUGUCAGGAUAAAGUGUCUAGGUGUACCAACUAUUGACAUGAAGAAUGUGUGCACCCAGCUUGAGGAUAAAACCUUUGGUAAGAUUAUCCAUAGACAUGGUGGUCUGCUUGUGUUGUACAGAGGUAGGCAUUACAAUCCUAAGAAAAGGCCUGUGAUUCCAUUGAUGCUGUGGAAACCCCAUGAACCUAUUUAUCCAAGGUUGAUCAAAAAAGUAAUUGAUGGCCUGACCAUUGAGGAAACAAAGGAAAUGAGGAAGAGAGGUCUAGCGGUUCCUGCUUUGACAAAGCUUGCAAAAAACGGUUAUUAUGGGAGUCUUGUACCAAUGGUCCGAGAUGCUUUUCUCACCGAGGAGCUGGUCCGCCUAGAUUGCAAAGGCCUUGAGAAAAGUGACUACAAGAAAAUAGGCUGCAAACUAAGGGAUUUGGUUCCCUGUGUCCUUGUGACAUUUGAGAAGGAGCAAAUUGUGGUCUGGAGGGGGAAGGAUUACAGCCCUCCAGAGGCUGGAAGGUUCCUUAAUGAUAGUGAAAUAUUUGAUUAUCAAGUCAGUGGAUCUGAUGGUGCAGAGCAGCUUAUCAGUUCUGGCAAUCGUUUCAGCCAACAGAAGUACCACUCCGACGAUGAGUUGCCUCCUUUUUAAAGGUUUACAACCAGUACCAAUUUGAUGAACACUACCUGCUGUGGCAGUUAUAUUGUUUUUAUACUGGGAAAAUAUACAGGUUGCUGUCUAGAAAGGAGAAGACAACUAUUGAAUAUCCUAUAGAUUUGAUAGAGCCACUCGUGCAAGCAGCAAGGGACAACGAUAGCAAGGCAUUGCAAGGAAAAUUUUCCAAUUUUGAUAAAAUAGCACAAUGUAACUUUGGUAAGUAUUGUAAUGGUUUAUUGAAAUUAUAUCAAUAAAAGCAGUGAUUUUCUUUCA